UUACAGUCUCCUCUUUCUGCUCGAUCGAAUCAAAGUGGAAAUCCAGUUUUUGUUCCGAUGGAAACAGUUUUAGAUGAAUUACUGAAGAAAUUAAAAGUUGAACACGUAGUAUGGUGCAAAGAUAAAGGUAAUAUGUAUUAUGAAGUAAUUUUUCCAGUUCCGGCGGGUGAUCCUUGCGAGAAUUGCCUACAUUGUUUAACUGAAAUGGGUAUUGGUACUCGAAUGAAUUCCAUUGUAAGCGUAAUACCAACGCAGUGUACUUACAGCGCAAUGCGAGUUCCUGGACCAGCUGCAAUAGAUGCUGGCGUAAUCGGUUCAGUGACGAGAAGAAAAGACAUUGAAGAGCGAAGAAAUGCUUGGGAAGGAUUUGUUGAUUCAAUUCGGUCUAAGUUGACUGUAAAACAAGUAGUUGAUGGAGUUAGAAGUGGUGGAGAUCUUACUUUUGAUUACAUACUUUUAGUUGUAACUGCAGACUGUUUAGCAGCCCUUGGUCUUGUGGAAAACAGCGCAACGAAUGUUGUUGCUGCUAUGCUUGUAUCACCUCUUAUGGGACCAGUAAUGUCAUUGACAUUUGGAACUAUAAUAGCCGAUAAAGAUUUAAUAUGCGUUGGUUUAAAAAGUUUAUUGCUUGGGAUAUUCAUUUCUAUACUAUUUGGUUUUAUAUUUGGAUUAAUUCUCGGUACGACUCAAAUGCCCUGGGGAUACAAUGACUGGCCAACGGAUGAAAUGAAAGGAAGAGGUAACUAUAGAUCUCUAUGGAUGGGAGUAUUAUGGGCAUUGCCAUCCGGAACAGGAGUCGCAGUAGCUCUUCUUCAAGGAAGCAAUGGUCCAUUGAUCGGAGUCGCUAUUUCUGCGUCGUUAUUACCUCCAGUUGUCAACUGUGGGCUGUUUUGGGCUCUCGGAUGUAUUUGGUUAAUUUAUCGUCCUAUUAAAAUGCCUCACAUGAAGGGAGAAUCCUACACAGACCUCAACAGCUCAUAUGUAUAUAUUUACACGGAUUAUUUACCAGUUGAAUUUUUCUGUAAUGGUAUUAUCAGUGCAUGUUUAACUUUUGUCAAUGUCAUAUGUAUUUUCAUCACCGCGAUAAUUGUUCUGAAGAUAAAAGAAGUAGCCGCGCCUUAUACUUCAACACCUGAAUUGCGAAGAUUCUGGCAGCAUGACAUUCGUCUGGUACGCGAUAAAAAUACAUCUCGGGACAACAGCUCAAUAGAUUCAAGCUUCUACGAGGGAUUGAGUAAAUCUAAACAAAAAGUACUUGAACGAACAUUAAAUGAAGCAGUGAAAGAAGCAAUGAAUGACGAGACAUUCCGUAAAAUUAAGAGGCUUAGUUAUGGACAGCAUGGACCAAAUGAUAUAACUCCUCGGUUAGGUUUGGCUGGUAAUAUCGGAUCAAUUGAACGAGCUGUAGAUGAUAUUGAAAAGACCACAGAUAUGCUGGGUGCUGUGGGUUCCCAGCAAACAGAAUCUUCACCGAUGCCCGAAAGUACCAAUGAAGAUUUAGCAGCGCUCGAUCGACUUGUAACUUAUCUUCUUGGACAGCAAAAUGGCAAUGGCGACAACUGGCGACGUUCUAGACGAGCUAGUGCUCGUGGUUACCGGCAACUUAGAUCAAAUAUGAUGGAUGCUGGUGUAAGCAACACACCUGGUACUAAUACAACACCUUUGUAA